AUGGGCAAGCACCCCACGCCGCUCCUCCGCCGCGCGUCGCCGCAUACGCUCAAGUCCCCCGCCAUCGUGACGUCGCGGGCCACGAGCUCGCCCCACCGCAAACCUGCUCUCUUUCACAGGUCGACCAUCGCGCACGCACUGCGGAGCCCCGCGCACCGUGCGCGUGCAAGCUCAGCCAACACCGGCCGCUUCCUCGCCUCGCGCUCGCAGCUGACGACAAUCCAAGAAGAGCCAGAGGACGAGGUGCCCGAAGCCAGUGCUCGUCGGCAGCGCGCAUACGGCGAUCCCCACGGGCCCCGGAGGCAUCCCGCGUGGUCGCCGACCGCAAUUGGGCUGGACGCCGAUGUCGACAUGCUCUCGGAGGACGACGAGUCGACGCUGCAGGCCAUGUUCGAGGACAGUUCGUCUGAGCACGACGAGGCGGAGCAGCUCAUGGCUCUCGUCGACAGCCUCAAAGGGCCCAUGGCCGCGCAGAGCGCGAGUCUGAAGGACUACCUACGGCGCGCGAUCAUGCCGGCAUAUGACAAAGUCAAGGCUGUCCACGCCACGAUCGAGGACAAGGUGGACUUGAGGUUCGGCGCCGGGCUGCUGACGUUCGACGAGGUAUGCAAAAAGGUCGAACGGAUCGCGCUCCGGGAUGAAGACGGACUGCGUUCUGCGCGCGCCGAGUCGCAGUACAACAUCGAGAGAACGCUGGAGGAACUUGAGGCCGCAUACGCCCGCCGGAAGGAGCUCUGGGCCAAACUGGAAGACGACCUGGAGCGCUGUGCUGCUCGUGCUUCGACUGCUCUGGAAGCGCUAGGAGCGGACGUGGAACAAGCCAUUUCGCAUCUGGACAAGAGGAGCAAAAGUCUCGACAAAGAUUCGGGCGCAGCUGCAAACAACAAGAUGCUCCGCGAUAUGCUCGAGAAACUAUGA